GGUUCAUCAUCAUUUUAAUUUAGGUGUUGGUGUUGCUGCUUUUAUCAACAGCAAUAGAGAAACAAACAAAAAAACUCUCUGUUCAAAUUAUUGAAUUCAUCCCUCUUUUCUUUUUUACCUUUUCCACCCCAAUCCAUGGCAAAUUUCAUAAUUAAGCCCUGACACACACACACAGAGAACACACUCUAGUUCUUUCUUCCACCCCCCCUCUCUCUGCAAGUACAUGUACACACACACAUGGAUAGAAAACGCAUGUAUAACUGAAGAUCCAACUUUUCCCUGUUAUCUGCAUGUGUGUGUGUGUGUUUGCGGCUUUUUUCUUGUUCUUCUUUUUUCUUUUAGCCCCUCUUUCAGUAUUUGAAGAAUCCUAGGUGUGUGUUUCCCAUUUAAAACAGUAGUACUUUCUUCCGUUCAAUCCUUUGAAUUUUAGUUUAUGUCUAAACACACACAGAUGCGGAUACACAUACACUUAUGUAGUUGUUAGUGUUGGUGUGUAAAAGCAUAUGCAUGCGGAGAAGAAAUUCUUUUUUAUGUGUUUGUGUUGUGAUUUGGGUUCUCUCAUGAUGGGUUGGUUCUGGAUUUUUGGUUGAUUGAACUGAAAUCUGUGGCAUGCAUUGAUGAUUUGUGGGAUUUCUUCGUGUCCUUAUUUGACAUCUUUGUGGGAAAAUUGUUCAAAGAUCUCAACUUUCUACGAUUUAUGUGGUAAUUUAUAGGGCGUUCUCAAUCGAGGGUAUUUAUUCCAGAUCCCCAAUUUUAUCAUGCAUGCAUCACUUCUCUGGGCUAGGUUUUUAAUCCGCUCCCUUCACUCCAAAUGCCUUUAAUUUGAAAACCGUACAACUUACAUUUUUCUUGACAGUUUUAUUUAAGUUUUCAUCAAUUGAGAAAACAAACUUGAAAAACAAGAAUGUGGAAGCAAAUUCUCAGUAAGCUUCCGAGGAAGUCCCAGAAACCGGAUCAAGAUUUACAAAGAAACCCUGACUCGGGCCCUAACACACCGUCCUUGGGUUCGGGACGGAUCGGUGCUGCCAACCCUGCAGCCAAACGGGCUUCUGCUGCUGUCUUUCCUGCCAGCGUGAUUGCGGGAAUUGAGCCAUUGCUUCCCUUUAAGGAUGUCUCGAGUUCAGAAAAAAUGAAUCUUUUCAUUAGUAAGUUGAGUCUUUGCUGUGUUGUAUUUGAUUUUACUGAUCCUGCAAAGAAUAUUCAAGAGAAGGAGCUUAAACGAGCCACAUUGCUUGAGCUUCUCGAGUUUGUAUCCGAGAACCCCCCCAAGUUUUCGGAGCCUGCAAUUUUAGCAUCUUGCAAAAUGUGCUCCAUUAACUUGUUCCGUGUUUUUCCACCUCAUUGUCGGUCAAGAAACACAAGUUCAGGUGAAAAUGAUAAUGACGACGAGCCGAUGUUUGAUCCAGCGUGGUCACACUUGCAGAUAGUAUAUGAUUUCUUGCUCAAGUUUGUGACUUCGACUUCUUUGGAAGCGAAGGUUGCAAAGAAGUAUAUAAAUCAUUCCUUUAUCUUGAGGAUUAUUGACUUGUUUGAAUCAGAGGAUCCCAGAGAAAGGGACUGUUUGAAGGCGAUUCUGCAUAGGAUUUAUGGGAAGUUUAUGGUUCACCGGCCGUUUAUACGAAAAUGCAUUAGCAAUGUGUUCUACAGAUUUGUGUUUGAGGUGGAGAAGCAUAAUGGGAUUGCGGAGUUACUGGAGAUCUUCGGGAGUGUGAUCACGGGAUUUGCUUUGCCUCUAAAGGAAGAGCAUAAAGUAUUCCUUUGGAGGGCAUUGAUCCCGCUGCACAAGCCGAAGUCAUUGGGGAUUUACUUUCAGCAACUUUCAUAUUGUGUAACUCAGUUUAUUGAGAAGGAGCCAAAGUUGGCCAGCAGUGUGAUCAAGGGGCUGUUGAAAUAUUGGCCAAUUACGAAUAGCCAGAAGGAGGUGAUGUUUUUGGGUGAGCUGGAGGAGAUUCUGGAAGUAAUUAACAUGACUGAGUUCCAAACGGUCAUGGUUCCAUUGUUCUGUCGCAUCAGACGGUGCAUAAAUAGUUAUCAUUUUCAGGUAGCUGAGAGGGCUUUGUUACUCUGGAAUAACGACCAAAUUCUUAAUCUAAUUGCACAUAACCGGCAAGUCAUACUGCCAAUAGUAUUCCCAGCUCUGGAAGUGAACAUGCAAAACCACUGGAAUCAGGCCGUCCUGAACUUAACUUUAAAUGUAAGAAAGGUGCUCAUGGAAAUGGAUGACGCCCUGAUCAUGUCUUGCAUUUCCAAUUACCAAGAGCAGCAAGAAAAGAUGAACGUAGUAGAUGAAAAGCGGAAGGAAGUUUGGGAGCACUUGGAAACCGCCGCCGCUAGUCUCAAGCCAAUAGCCGGAAACACUGCUGUUCUGGUAACUCAUUGAACAACUUCGACAUCCCAUUUAUUGCUGUUCAGCUCGGUGCAUCCCUAAGUCGUUUUGUGCAAUCCGUUUUCCUUGUUAUGGUUAUGGCCGUUGUCUGGAGGCUGCAUGGCUUUGUUUGGAUGGUCCCAAUGACAGCCUGUUGUUGUUACCGAAUCUAAUCUCCUACUGUUUAGAUAUAUCUCUUCCCUAGGAAGGGCAUGGGAAGAGUCCCCUAAUGCCUACUGGAUAGUGUAAACUAGCAUCUUUUGUCAGCUACAUGUUUUCAUUUUUCCCCUUUUUUUGAAACUUAUUUUCAUCAUUGCUGUUGUAUGUUUGCAAGUUGACUAGUAACGUUAUCGUUCUCUCACAGUCAACUGCUCUUGCCUGUAUGGAUAUAUAGGGAAUGUCUGAAAUGAUUUGCAAUUGAUGUCUCUUCUUAUUUGUCUCAAAA